AUGGAAGUAGAAGAUAAAAUCACGAGUACUAAAAUGGAAAAUGUCAAAGUAAAUGACCUGAAUGAGUUCUUCUUAGACAUGUUUAUGCUUAGAGAUUUGUGCGACGAUUUUGUAGAGAUGUUUAAGAAGGAAGAGAGAUAUUAUCCAAACGAAGAAAAAUAUAAUGAACUACUUGAAGAAGAGGCUAUAGCAGUUGAUAAUAUUUAUAAUUUAACAAAUGAAAUUAAAGAGAACUAUAAAGAAGUAAUAGAAGCCUUUUACGAAAGAAGAAUGCAUAGAAUAGAAGAAAGGAUGUUGAAUUCGUAUAAAGAGAUAGAGAAGAAACCAAGACAACCAAAAGAGGAAGACAAUUAA